AUCUACUAAGCGCUAUCGCGGGAACUUGUUUGUCGCUCAUAUGCCAAAAAUGUGAUUAUAUGAUGAUGCCGUAGCCUAGAGCUACCUCUGUAAUUUUACUGACAGGUUAUCUGGGAGUUACCGGGUGAUUCCUAUAGGACAGUUGUGUGUCACAGGACGUUUGACGCUUUGACCUUUGACUGGCAGCGAAUGACAAAUCAAAGGUCGGUGUCCGAGAGCGGAGCCGGGUUUCAAAGCGCAUCUCCACCACGGCACAAGACGGCGCUCCCGGGAGAAUGGUAGAAAGCGCACUGAAAGUUGGUCGAUAGCGGCGGAGAUAGCUUCAGUGUCGGCAGAGGGAGCAGCAGCAGCAGCAGCAGCGCACUCGGAGGCUCCAUAGCGGCCACCCUUGGACCGAAGGCAGGCCCGCUGAAAGAGGAAGACUGCAGCACCAUGGACAGCUCAGGUCCCUUGUCUCCAGAUAUGGAUGCCAGCUAUGGCGGAGGACUGUUGGAUAUGAUGAAGGGAGGAGCCGGGAAGUUCUUCAGCAACUUCAAAGACAACCUGAAGGACACGCUGAAAGACACCUCCACCAAGGUCAUGCAUCAGGUUGCUACGUAUACUAAAGGGGAGCUGGACAUUGCCUACAUCACAUCACGGAUCAUAGUGAUGACCUACCCAGCAGAGUCCGUGCAGAUUGGCUACCAGAACCACGUAGAGGACAUCCGAUCCUUCCUUGACAGUCGCCAUGCUGACCACUACACUGUCUUCAACCUAUCACAGCGCAACUACCGCGGCGCCAAAUUCUCCAACAGGGUUUCAGAGUGUAACUGGCCUUCUCGCCAGGCUCCCAGCCUCCACAACCUGUUUGCUGUGUGCAAGAACAUGCACAACUGGCUCAAACAGAAUCCCAAGAACGUGUGUGUCAUCACCUGCUCGGAUGGUCGUGCUCCUUCGGGUGUUUUGGUUUGUGCCAUGUUCUGCUUCUGCCACCUCUUCAACAACCCAGUUCCUGCCAUGCAGCUGCUCAGCGCCAAGAGACCAGGUUCUGGCCUCUGGCCCUCACACCGCAGGUACAUAGGCUAUGUGUGUAGCAUGGUAUCAGAGAAGCCCAGUCUACCCCACUCCAAGCCCUUGAUGAUCAAGGCCCUCACCAUGAGUCCGGUCCCCUGCUUCAACAAGCAGCGUAGCGGCUGUCGGCCCUUCUGCGACGUCCUCAUUGGAGAGACCAAGAUCUUCACCACUUCACAGGAGUACGAGAGGAUGAGAGAGCACAGGGUUCAAGAGGGGAAGGUAGUUUUUCCGCUGGGUGUAAGCGUCCAAGGUGAUGUCGUAGUGUCUGUCUACCACAUGAGGUCAACCAUCGGAGGACGUCUGCAGGCAAAGGUGUCCAACACCCAGAUCUUCCAGAUCCAGUUCCAUACUGGCUUCAUUGCUCCUGGAACCACCAUGUUAAAGUUUAACAAACCGGAGCUGGAUGCAUGUGAUUCUCCUGAGAAGUAUCCCCAGCUGUUCCAUGUGAUUUUUGACGUGGAGGUCGAGGGGACGGACAAGCAGAAAGACCUGACACCGCCGUGGGAGCAGUUUCCCUGUAAAGACCUCAACCCCAACGUGCUCUUCUCUUGCCACCAGGAACAUCAGGACGCACUCGCGAUUGCCGAGCCAAGCAGGCCCCACGGAGGCCCAGACGGUAGGGGCCACGGUGAAGAAAGUGAGCCCUCAGAUGACGAGAUGCUAUCUCUCUCCAGCCAGCGAAGCAGCGCCAGCACAGCCCCCCAGAAACCCGAACCCCCUGCCCCAACGCCUGCUGCCUCAGCGCCAGCUGAGGAAGUGGAUCUUCUUGGCCUGGAUGGAGGGAUAAACACCCCAUGUCCCUCGUCUCAGCCUCUGAGUACUGCAGCUGCAACUACUGACCUCUUAGGGGACUUGUUUGGGGCUCCUCCCCAGCCAACCAGUGGGGCUUCAUCUGCCCAGUCCACACCACACAAAGUAGCCCCCAGCACCGCCUCACCAUGUCCCUCUCCUGCCCCACCAGCGUUUGAUCCCUUUGGGACAGGUCCCAUGCCUAAGCCUCAGGACAUGAUGGGCUCACUCCUUGGACCAGGUAAUGUGGGGCAGCCAGACCCCUUCCUGCAUGCUGCUCGCUCUCCAUCACCCACCCUGCAGCCUACCAGCCUGGGCCGGAGUUCCCCCGUCCCGCCCACCACUCCAACCGUCAACAUUCAGCAGCAAAAUGCCAUGGGAGGCUGGGAUUGGAACAGGACUGCUACCACAAACACAGGAGGAAGCUUUGGUAUAGGCAGUCGAUCAGCCACUACCAGCCCCACAGGCUCGGUCCACAGCACCCCCACGCAUCAAACCAAGCCAAACACCCUGGACCCAUUCGCUGACAUAGGCAACCUGGGGGGAAGCCUUGGAGGAGGUUCUGGCUUCUCUAGCAAGCCCACCACCCCUACAGGAACAACCCCUUCAUUUCCUCCCAUGGGCUCCCCGUCGCGGCCUCCUCCAUCUCCCCAGCACACAGGAGGGUGGCAGCCGCACACAGGAGCAGGGUUCCCCUCAUGGCAGCCUGGUGCUGGAGGCGGUGGAGGAUGGCAAGGACAGGGCCCUAUCCCGCAGCCAAAGCCCAGCCCCAGCCACACCUCCAUGCCUCACACGUCGCCCCAGAACCGACCCAACUACAACGUCAGCUUCUCUGCGAUGGGAGGAGGCUCGCCCAGCGCAGGGGUCAAAGCGCAGGGUGGCGUGGGCACUAAGCCUAAGGCCUCGGAUGCCAACUUUGAUGACCUGCUGUCUGGUCAGGGCUUCGCUGGGACCAAAGAGAAGAAAGGGCCCAGGACUAUAGCAGAGAUGAGGAAGGAGGAGAUGGCCAAAGAGAUGGAUCCUGAGAAAAUAAAGAUUCUGGACUGGAUCGAGGGGAAGGAGCGUAACAUCCGUGCCCUGCUGUCCACUAUGCAUACUGUGCUGUGGGAGGGAGAGACACGCUGGAAGCCCGUUGGUAUGGCUGACCUGGUUACUCCAGAGCAGGUCAAGAAGGUCUACCGCAAAGCAGUCCUCGUCGUCCACCCAGAUAAGGCGACAGGACAGCCCUAUGAACAAUAUGCCAAGAUGAUUUUCAUGGAACUAAAUGACGCCUGGUCGGAAUUUGAAAGCCAAGGACAAAAACCCCUCUACUGAAGAAAGAGUGAUAGGAAGUGAGCGAUGAGAGGAUGUCUCUGCUGAUUGUGUUAUCUAACCUGAAAUGUUUCACCACUCUGGUCAACAUACUACAGCCACAACCCACAAUAUCUGCCUUUAUACCUGUGCUUUUACCCAUGCUUCUCUUCUCGCCACACAAACACAGAACAUCUGGUUGACUACAGAACUACAGUGUCCAGACUAAAGAGUGUAACUAAACAAAUGGCUCCCCGUUGCUCCAAUUUACCUACCUACUGUAUGUGUGUGGUGCAAGAUUGUCCUUCCUUGUUGAAUGUCCUUAGCCCUGAACCAACCCACCAAUCAAAGCAGAGUCACCGGGAUGUCUGAAAAAAAAAACAGAGCAACUCAACUUGAUUCGGAGACAGAUCAAAAUAAAACAAGAGACAAUGGACAUACAAGAUAAGAGACAAACAAAUCAGGGAGUGACUUGAACAAGCAUUUCGCAGACAGCUCUAAAUAGAGAUUCAGAGCACUAGCUAGACUGUAAGGCACAGCAAGCAUUUAACAGCAAUCAAGCCAUUUACCCACAACACACUCUGUUCAGGAAGUAGAUUUCACUAUGUACUGCAUGUGAAAAUUGAAAAUGUUGUCAUAAAUAAUCCAGAGUUUUUUAAAAUGGAAUUGAAUGUUUCAGUAGAAGUAAAAAAAAAAAAAGUAACUGCAACAUAAAUUUAUGUUGUUCACUGACUGAAGUGAAAUUGAACUGAAGCCAAACUUGUUUUCCUUCCCAAAUAGGCUGUUUGGAGAUACAAAUUAGCAAUUAUCUGUCGAAUUUAGGAAGUUUUAUGAAAGUGCAAAGAGGAUGAAAGUACUUUUUUUCUGCUUUUGAGACUGACGCUGAUUACAGGUUUGCUUCCAUCUCCACUAGCCUUAAAUUUUAGUUUGCUGGGUGAUAUUGAAAAUGAAAAACUAAAUAAGAUUUUAAAAAAAAACAUGGGUCUCUACAAUAAAAAACACAGGUUAGAAGGCUGCCAACAUUUCCAUUUCUGACUUUGUAUUAAUAUGGCAGAUUGAAACAUAACGGUGAUAUCAUUAGUGCGUCUGAUCUAAUCGAGCCUUGUGUUUUUGCUGUGUUUGCUGCGAACUGGACAUUGUAUAUUUUAGGAUUAGCACAUGUACAGAUCCUUACAUGAAGCACCUUGAGGCCUCAUGCAUUCUUGCUCAUACAGUAACAUGUAUUUUUGCAUGAUAGCAACCGGGGAGCUCAGUGAAAGCACAAACUGACUAAUCUGUGCAGCUUUGAAGGAAAGCCAUUGUUAUUUAUUUAUUAGUUAAUUUUUGUUCAUGUUCAUUUUUUUUUUGAUUUGUGUAUGAGGGCUGCUCCUUUUGAGUUCAAACAAUCUGCACAUGUCUUUAUCUUACGUUUUGAAAGAAAGAUAUUUUUGGGCCACUAUGUUUCACUUACCAACUGACUGACUGACAAACUAACAAAACAGGGGAGUAAUUUGUCAGACUAUAUCAGAGUUUUUGUUGGUAUAGCGUUUUAUAAACUGCAAUAUCUUUUUCCAAACUACAGCAAUCACAUAACUUGUGCUUAAACACUGCAGUUGUGCUCAUCUGAGUUUUCUAUUGGUCCCAAAAAACUCCCUACAAUGCAAUAAUAGUCGUGGUUUGAUUUUGCAGACAUGGAUGAUUUUAUCAUAGGACGAUAUGUAAAUCGUGUCAGACUGAUGAGUGAAUUAAUGUGCUUUACUGUAUUUCAUAUAUCUUCACAUUUUAAAUUCCUAAUUUCACUAAGGUCCUACUGUACAUAUAUCUGCUCUCAUUAUCACAGUUUUAUCAAAACACUGAUUGAUAUGCAGCAGUUGCAACAUGUUUUUUUUUUUUUUCUUUGAUUACUUGAUGUCAUUUGUUUACCUUUGUGAGACAUUUCUGUCACAGCACUGACACUUUUAUUUAUAAUAAUCAUGCAGCUUUUGUCUGGACAAAUAAUACUAUGUCAUAUCAAAUGUGAGGUACAGCAAACAUGUCUCAAAGUGUCAACCUUUUGUCAGGAGCUGUACAUGUUGCAGGUGCUUUUUCUAAUAGUUUGAAUCCAGAACAGAUGUGAAUUUAAAUCUCUCUUCAUAUAAUCUCAUUAACAUACAGACUGAUGUGAUUGUUCCACUGUAUGAUGGUCUCUCUUCAGCCUUUGGUACAUGUUUUAGGGACAUUUACUCCUGAGUAAGUAAAUAAAUAUGACUCGUUAGCAUGAUGCAGAAACUGAA